AUCUCUAAACCGCACACGUGCAUUUUGAACUGCCGCAAUUUCCAUUAUUUACAUCGGAAAAGCGGAAAAUUUAAGAGGAAAGUGCACACAGGACAGCCGCAGGAUGGUGAAGAAGAAAAUAGACAACCGGAUCCGCGUGAUGAUCGAGAACGGGGUCAAGCUGGGCCACCGCACCAUGUUCAUCGUGAUCGGGGACAAGGCGCGCGACCAGGUGCCGAUCCUCUACGACAUCCUGACCAAAUCCACGGUGAAGGCGCGACCCACGGUGCUGUGGUGCUACAAGAACAAGGACGAGGCCAUUUCCAAUCAUGGCAAAAAGCGAGCGAAGAAGAUUGCCGUGGGAAAGGUGGACGUAAACGAAGCGGACCUGUUCGAUUCCUUUCGCGUGGCCACCACCAUACAUGGCAGAUACUACUCCGAGACGCACGCUGUGCUUGGACGAACCUACGGCGUUUGUGUGCUGCAGGACUUCGAGGCCUUGACCCCCAAUCUCCUGGCUCGCACUGUGGAAACGGUGGAGGGUGGCGGCCUGAUCAUCCUGCUGCUGAAGACGCUGCAGUCGCUGAAGCAGCUGUACACCAUGAGCAUGGACGUGCACAAGAGGUUCCGUACGGAGGCCCAUCAGACGGUCACGUGUCGCUUCAAUGAGCGGCUGAUCUUAUCCCUGGCCGACUGCCAGCGCUGUCUAGUGGUCAACGAUGAUCUCACCGUACUGCCACUCAGCUCAAAGACCAUCAAUGUGGAGCCGGUGAAUCCCUCUGGCGCAGGGAGAUCGCCCAACGAGGGCAGUCUAAAGGAGCUGAAAGAGAGUCUGCUGAACGUUCAGCCCGCUGGAGCUCUGGUCAAUCUUUGCAAGACCUACGAUCAGGCCAACGCCGUGGCCCAGUUCAUUGAGGCGCUGGUGGACAAGCAGCUAAAGCCGCCCAUGUCCUUGACGGCGGCUCGUGGGCGUGGCAAGUCGGCCGCCCUGGGUCUGUCUAUAGCUGCUGCCGUAGCCUUCGGCUAUGUGAACGUUUAUGUGACCUCACCGCAUCCGGAGAACUUGAUCACUCUGUUUGAAUUCGUGCUCAAGGGCUUCGAUGCCUUGGAAUACCAGGAGCAUGCCGACUACACGAUCAUUCGCUCCACCAAUGCCGACUACAAGAAGGCCAUUAUCAGGAUUAACAUCACGAGGAGCAGCCGGCAGACAAUCCAAUACAUAGCGCCCAGUGACACCCAUCUGCUGAAUGCCGCCGAUCUGCUGCUGAUCGACGAGGCGGCUGCCAUCCCCCUGCCGCUGGUGAAGAAGAUGAUCGGCCCGUAUCUGGUGUUCAUGGCCAGCACGAUCAAUGGCUACGAGGGUACUGGACGAUCGCUAAGCCUGAAGCUUAUUUCCCAGCUGCAGAAGGACAACAAUGCGCGGCCGCCGCUGAAACUGGAGGAAUCGAUUCGUUACCAGGAGAACGACGACAUCGAAAAGUGGCUGAUCAAUCUGCUGUGUCUGGACGCCAGCACGGUGCCAAGCAUAAGCUCCGGAUGUCCCACCCCGGACGCCUGUGAGCUGUACUAUGUGGACAGGGAUGCCCUGUUUUCGUACCACAAGGCAGCCGAGGCCUUUCUCCAUCGCCUCGUCUCCAUCUACGUGUCCUCGCACUACAAGAACACGCCCAACGAUCUGCAGAUGAUGAGUGACGCCCCGGCCCACCAUCUCUUCUGUUUGCUGGGUCCGGUGCAGCGAAUGGAUGCCCUGCCAGAGAUUCUGGUGGUCAUCCAGGUGGCCCUGGAGGGCCAGAUCUCCGCCCAGAGCAUCAGCGAUUCGCUUGGCAGGGGCAAGAAGGCGGCCGGCGAUCUGAUACCGUGGAACAUUGCCGAGCAGUAUGGCGAUCGCGAUUUCCCCAAGCUGUGCGGCGUGCGCAUUGUGCGGGUGGCCACGCAUCCAAACUACCAGAGGAUGGGCUACGGCAAGCGGGCCAUUCAGCUGCUCAAGGACUAUUAUGCGAGAAAGCACACCAAUCUGGAGGAUGGACCGACUGCCAGUGGGGAUGCCUCCAAAGGCAUCGAGGAGGUGGAGGAGGAGGAGCUGAGCCUGCUGAAGGAGCAGAUCCGGCCACGCAGUCGCAUCCCCACACUGCUGCAGCGCCUGCACGAACGCAGUCCGGAAGCGGUGGACUACAUCGGCACCUCCUACGGCCUCACAUCCGAGCUGCUGAAGUUCUGGAAGAGCGCCGGCUUUGUGCCAGUGUACUUGAGCCAGAAAUCCAACGAACUGACCGCCGAGCACAGCUGCAUCAUGCUGCACACGCCCAAUGCCACGCCCUGGCUGGGCUUGUACUACCAGGAUUUCCGCCGCAGAGUGCUCAAGCUGAUGGGCAAGACCUUCCGCGAGUUCGAAACGAAACUCUGCCUGGCCCUGCUGAAGAACAAGUCCGUGGACACGGAGGCCAGUGCAUUGAAGGUCCUCGAUAAACCCAUGCUCGACGUGUUCUUUCUGCCGCACGAUCUGCAGCGCCUGGAGAGCUACACCCGCCAGCAGUCCGAGUUCCGACUGAUCAUCGACCUGCUCACGGACAUUGCCCAGCUGUAUUUCCAGGGCAGGAUCGAGGGUCUGCAGCUGGAUCUGGUGCAGCAGGGCAUCCUUUUGGCCCUGGGCGUGCAGGGCAAAACGGUGGAUACCCUCGGCCUGGAGCUCAAUAUGCCGGGCAACCAGUUGCUGGCCAAAUUCUUCGAUGCCAUGAAGCGGUGCAAUCAGUGCUUCCGUUCGGUCCUCGAGCAGCACAUCGAGGGCGGCAUGCUGCAGGAGGAGGAUCUGUCCAGGGGCGAGGAGCUGCUGCCCAUCACACUUUCGCUCGACAAGGAGCUCGACCAGACCGCCCAGAAGCUGAGCAAGCAGCAGCGCAAGGAGCUGAAGCGCCUGAAGGCCGAGCAGCUGGACGAGUUCCAGAUCAAGGGCAGCGAGGAGGACUGGUCCAAGGCGCUGCAGACCAACGGCACGGGCGGUGGCAGCGGGCUGCUCUCCGUCAAGAGUGGCGUUAAGCGAUUGGAUGGACCGAUCGAGCAGCCAGAGGAUCGCGACCUGGCCGCCCCGCUGUCCAAGAAGAAAAAGAAGAAUAAUCCGAAACUGAAACGCGGUCAGGGCAAAUCCCUGAUCUAGAGGAAAACACUGACUUUUUUUUCUUGGGGGGAAGAAGAAUGUGGAUUUUAAUGCUAUAGAAAAGUACAUUUUGUUGUAAGCUCCGUUAAAAAUAAAGAAACCUAGUAACUGAA